UUUUUUUGUUUUUUGUUGUUGUUGUUUUUUUUUUUUUUUUGGUUUGUUUGUUUGUUUGUUUUUUCAAGACAAGGUUUCUCUGUAUAACCCUGGCUGUCCUGGAACUCACUUUGUAGACCAGGCUGGCCUCGAACUCAGAAAUCCGCCUGCCUCUACCUCCCGAGUGCUGGGAUUAAAGGCAUGCACCACCAUAGCCCGGUCAGUUUCCCUCUGUUAAACAAGAAAAAUUUGUAACUCACACAUAACUCACCUAACAUCCUGGUCCUUCCCAUGCCCCUGUGUUUGUUUGUUUGUUUGUUUGCUUGUUUGUUUUUUAUUGUUCUUUUUCUUGCUUGUUUGCUUUUGAGAUUGGUCCGUGAUUCAUUUUGUAGCCCAAGCAGCCCUCAAGCUCAAGGUUCUCCUAGCUUAGCCUCGUAAGUGCUGGAUGACAUGCCACCACAUUCGACUGUGUGCCAGGUUUUCUGUGUGUUAGCCCACUGAUGUCACAACAACCUUGUGAGGUGGGGUGUUGCCAUCCCUGAUUUACAAUCCUGGCUCCUAAAAUGGGGCAAACUGAGGCAUGAGACACAUGAUCAGCUUCAUAGGGCCUGUCGGUUCUAGCUCAGUAGGAGCGGCAGCUUCAUUGCCUGGAGUUAAAAGGCUGAGGAACAGGUAGCCUCUUGCCAUUGAAGUGCUGUCGGAGGACAGCAGCCAAACAGAUCUGGGGUCCUGCCCUGUCCUGUGUUGCCUCAGUAGAGUUACUUAGUCUCUCUGGUCCUCAGUUUCCCCAUUUGUCAGUGGGAUAAUUCAUACUAUUCAUCCAUCCCCAGACUGAAGAGAGGACUCAGUGAGGGAACAAAACAGCUUUGAGGAUCAGUCAGGUUUGGGGCCAACUUUUUUUUAGGCAGGAUUUCAUGUAACUCAGGCUGGCCUUGAGCUUGGUACAUAGUCAAGGGUGACCUUGAUCUCCUGACCCUCCUGCCUCCUCCUCUGUGAUAUCACUGCCAGGUUCUGUGAUGCGGAGGACCAAGCUCAGGACUCCAGGGGUGCUAAGUAAGCACUCUGCAAACUGAGCCACAUCUCCAGCCAUACACAGGGACACGGAUUGAGGUUCAGAGCGGGGAUGGCAGCUGUAGUCCCAGUCGUCAGCCGAUGAGGCAGGAAAGGUCACAAGUCAGAGACAGACUCAGUUACAUAGUGUGUUUGAAGCCAACGACAGGGUGCAGAAUAACAGCCUGUCUCCAAACAAACAGGAGAGAACAAUUAGAGAGCUUUCUGCUAGGGCCACAAAGGGGCCAGUGACAGGCCUGACCCAUUCCAGCAGCACCUCACUCCAGUUUGCCAUGAGAAAGAUGAAGUGGAAACCUGGAACUUUGUAAAUGCAAACAGAAGUUUACUGUGCACCAACCAGGGUUCUUGCUGCUUCGCACGGAUUGUUCUAGAUAAUCACACCACUUCCCUCUGUGGCAAAUACUUUCCAUUUUACAGAAGGAACAACUGAGGCACAGAGAGGCUAAGUCAUCAGCCUAGCGUCACACAGCAAUAAAGCAUUGUGCUGUCACACCCUGGGGGCAGUAAGCUCUUCAGAGUCACUCUGGCUGGACUGGUCUGGAAUUAGCUAACUGCCUGUCUCGCCUCCCUGGCUCUGUGUAAACUCCAGGGUUAUCUUUAACCAGGGAUACUGGGACACAGGGAUCUCUGAGACUAGUGACAGGGUCUGUAGAGCAGGGUCUGGGCUGCUGUUUGCUUGCUUAAGACUGGGGACAUUUGGUUGACCAGUCAGAUGUCUUAAGGAAAAUCAGUUCUGGCUACCUAGACCUCAGUUUACCAAUCUCUAAAAUGGAGAUGACAAGAAAAUGUCAAGUUCAUGGACCUCUGAGCCUGGCCAGGAGUUGUAGAUACGGUAUUAGCAGCUUCUCCAUUUUGUAGUCCAGGACAGGAGAAGGGAUAGUGAGGUAUCAAGAUCAGUCCAAGGUCACAUAACAAGAACCUUGAACCCAUGCUUGGCCCCUGGUUUCUCUGUCUCUAAAGCCUUUGGAGUGGUCUGGCCUGGGAGAACAUCGGAAGUGAUUCCCCACGGUGUUGACACGGCUAUCUGAGCUAAGGGCAUGGGGGUUUCAAGAUGAAAUGUAAGUCUGUGGCCUUUGAGGGUAUGGUCCUCUGUCUGUGACAGUAUAGACAGCUUUUUACUGUGUGCCAGUUUACUGGUGACCCAUGCACGGGGUAUGUAUACAGUGUGUGCACUGCAGACAGCCAUGUGGAAGAGGAGCCGCCACGGUCAAUUUGUUGUUGUGCUUGUGUUCCUAUGUGCUCAGCUGUGUGUUCAAGCUCACAGCCCUCACCUCCUGUGGUGUGGGAAUGGGAGGACUGGGUGAGUCUGUCGUUGAUGUGUUCCUGCGGCCUGUGUGUGAUAGUAUCUCACUGUGUGUCAUUGCAGACAGAAGCACGGCAAUGUAAUUUUUUCCUUCUUUUUUUCUUUCUUUCUUUCUUUUUUUUUUUUUUUUUAAAAGAAGGGUUGUAUAUCUCUCUAUGUAGCUCAGGCUGGCCUCAGACUUACUCUACAGGCCAGGCCGACCUUGAACUCUCUAUCCUUCUGCUUCUGGUUCCCGAGUCUUGUUACAGCCCAACUAUAUCACUGCACAGAUAGCCUGUGUGUGUGUGUGUGUGUGUGUGUGUGUGUGUGUGUGUGUGUGUGUGUUACUCCUGGUGACUUUGAGUCAGCACAACAUACAUGCAAAAUAAAAGCACCACACAUUUAAAAUCAAAGAAACAAAACAAAACAACACUCUAGUUAUCAAAGGCUGGCAGAACACUGGGUCAGAGGUCAGUGGCCUCGAAAGUACUUAGGCUGUGUGACCUUAGUCCCCAGAUGGGCUGAUUCCCAGGAAACCUAGCAGAAAACACACUCUGACCCUGGUCUGGCGCUCACGCUCUCUCUCUCUCUCUCUCUCUCUCUCUCUCUUGUGCUCUCUCUCUCUCUCUCUCUCUCUCUUGCGCUCUCUCUCUCUCUCUCUCUCUCUCUCUCUCUCUCUCUCUCUCUGUGUGUGUGUGUGUGUGUGUGUGUGUGUGUGUGUGUGUGUGUCCUCUCAUAGUCCAGUCCACACGCAAUCACAUGCUGCUCCUGGGACUGUGCUGAGAGAGUUAACCUAGCUAGCGGGCCAGGGCAGUCUGGGCUGGGGGCCGCCCCCUGGCCCCCCUCCAGCCUGGGCUCCAGUUUCAGUUGCUCGUUGGGGAGGGCAAGAGUGGGGUGUGGCCAGGAGGGGAGCCUGCGGGGGUGGAGCAUCCAGUUCUGGGCCAGGGGGUCCAAAGUGCUUAGCUCCUAGGGUGCACAGCUGGACAUUUGGGGGUCUUCUGUCAACAGGGGACAGCGUGAAUGGGAUCCUCUUUAGGAGGGAAAGAGAGCAGGGCAGAGGACAUUUCUUGACCCUGGCUGACUCCCUAGGGCAAUGGCAUCUCCCGGCCACAUCCUGGCUCUGUGUGUGUGUCUCCUCUCCAUGGCCAGUGCAGAAGCUCCACAGGAACCGGAUCCAUUCACCUACGAUUACCACACCCUGCGGAUCGGCGGCCUCACUAUCGCUGGGAUCCUCUUCAUCUUGGGCAUCCUUAUCAUCCUUAGCAAGAGAUGUCGAUGCAAAUUCAACCAACAGCAGAGAACUGGGGAACCCGACGAAGAGGAGGGAACUUUCCGCAGCUCCAUCCGCCGUGAGUUCGGGGAUACUGCGGGGUUUGUGGGGCAGCUGUUUUCAAGAGCCCCCUCUUCUUGGACUCAGAAUGGGUUUGGCGGAGAGUUAGCCCUGGUUGCAGACUCCCCCUUACCCCAGAACUCUCUGCGUCCCUCUCAGGUCUGUCAUCCCGCAGGCGGUAGAACCUCCACCUGACUCCAGGAAACUCAGCCAGGUUCUGCAGUUGAUGGGAGGAAGGAGGGAGAGGGGUUUGGAGGGAGGGAGGCAAGGGGCCCAGUGCCAGGGUGGGAUAGUGGCGAGAGCUUGCCACUUACUCUUUUCACCCCCGCAGAGCCCCCUUAGCACCUGACACCUCUCCCCACCCAGAUGCUCGCCUGUGACCACCCCCAGCGUUCCCUGCAUCAGCCCUGCCUUUCGGACACCCCUUGCUGCUCAGACCUCUAAUAAAACUCGGUUUUCCUUCUUGAUA